CCGACUAUAUCGUGAAGAAGCAGAAAUAACCCUGAACGCUGAAAACUAAAGACUCGUUGCCAGUCGUGUUGUGCGUCUCACAGUGAUAACUAGUGACAUCAAACAUGGUUCUGGAUACUGAAGACUGGGCUGACGAGCUUCCAGCAGAACAGAUUGCUGUCCUGCGCAAGGCAUUUGAUGGCUUCGACCACAACCGCUCAGGCAGUAUCCCCUGUGACUUCGUCGCAGACAUCCUUAGGAUGAUGGGACAGCCUUUUAACAAGAAAAUCCUUGAAGAACUCAUCGAGGAAGUCGAUGCCGAUAAAUCUGGCCGUCUCGAGUUUGGAGAGUUCGUCACCUUGGCUGCCAAGUUUAUUGUUGAGGAAGAUACUGAGGCCAUGCAGAAAGAACUUAGAGAGGCAUUUAGAUUAUAUGACAAGGAAGGCAACGGUUACAUUCCCACAUCGAGUUUGCGCGAGAUUCUGCGUGAGUUGGACGAACAACUGACAGACGAAGAACUAGACGGCCUAAUCCAGGAAAUCGACACUGACGGCAGCGGUACGGUAGACUUUGAUGAAUUCAUGGAAAUGAUGACAGGAGAAUAAAUACUAUACUUCUAUUCUUUUCUAUAUUUAUGUUUAAUUUAAGUUACUUCUACAUCUUGGUACUUCAACCUUUCGAAACUUGGAAACAUUGGACAAGAUCACUUAACAUUAAGAUUACGAAAGUUCAAUAUCUAACUGCGAUCUUAUAACAUAAAGUAUUAUGUAUGUAUUGUACAAAAUAAUAUUUGUUCUUGUUUAAUUGAUGUGUGUGACUGCGUAAUGUUUAUACCUACUUAUUAAUAAAUCUUUUAUUCUAC